UUCUGUCGAGUAUAUAUGUGAGUAAAAGCACCCUGAAGCAUUUUUUUUCUUCGGCAGGUCGUAAUACGAAAAUGUCGGCAUAUGAAUCUCAUCACGCUUACUUUACAGGGAAUGACACAUACAAACCCUUAAAUCUGAUUCUUUCUAAAGUUGGUGACUUCACGCCCUUUUACAUUGUCAUAGCGAUCUCAGCGGUUGUACUCGGCGCCCUCAUCAUUCUCAACGUCGUUUGCUGCUGCUCCAGAUAUUCUGACUACUGGCUAGACCGACACACAGGAAAUCGCUGGAUCGCAUCAAUUUGGUCAGCCACACCACAUAAGCAGCCCCCACUGGACUUCACAGAACUAGAAAGCCAGUACGUACAAGUGCAAUACGUUCAUCCGUACCAAAGUGAGGAGUACCAGGAAGUUCAUAGACCAGGAUCAGAACUACCUCCGUCCGUGUCUAGGCAACCACUGACAUCCUCUCAAGAAUACCUCGAACUCCAUAAGAGGGAGAGUGAUAUAUAAAAAUGGCUUUCCUAAUGAUGUACCCUGCCAUCGCUAUCCUAACCAUGUUCGUCCUGAUGGUUAUUAUUUUAAUACUGAGGUUUGGAUCUCAGUGG